UAAGAUAGCUCUCAAGCCCUAUUGGCCAGUUUUAGCUUCUCCUCUUUUGCAGCAACUUGAAACUUCCACAUAGUAGUGAUCACCCAUAAACCUUUGUUAGGCUUUAUGCUUCUCAGGGUGGGGAUUGUUCCAACUUCUAUUUUUAAUUGCAGCUGCACAACAUGAGGGUGUCUCCUAGGUUAAUGGCCAACCCUUUGCCGAUAACUCCAAGCUCUAGACAGCAGUCCGCUCUGCUUCCGCCAUUGCAGCUAUAUCGCCGUUUGCUCAGGGUGCAUCGAAAAAAACUUCCAAAAGACAUGCGUUUGCUUGGCGAUGAGUAUGUGAAGAACGAAUUUCGAGCUCACCGGAAUGUGGAUAACCCAAUUCAUAUUGUUGGUUUCCUCACAGAAUGGCAGCUAUAUGCUCAGAAACUCGAAGGAGACACUUGGCAAGGCGAAAAGUUAGACAAAGCAAAAAUCGAUAAGAUGAGCGACCAACAAAUUGGACAGCUUUACGAGCUUAUGAAUACCCUAAAAAAGGAAGAUAAAGAUUGACUGUGACAAUGAAAUGGAAGGGAUAUAUUCUCUAACUGUUUGUCAUUUGACCGAGUGUGCUCAUCGCUGUUGGCAGGUAUUAACCAUGCUACCCCUUACAAGGGCUCAAACAGUGAAGAAUGUUUCAAUAAACCAUCUCCUUGUCCACUACCUGCGUUUAUCACUAAGUUUAGAAACUAUGUUGGGUGUUCUGGCGU